CCCGACUCCCCACCCUCCCCUGGGCCUUGUCCCCCUCUGCAUUGGAGCUCAGUAAGUGUGGGUGAUGGUGACUGGGGGGGGGGCUGCAUUUAUUUGCCCUAAUCCUGCCUGAGAGAAGUCCGUCUAGACUCGGGCCUGCUUGGCCCUGAGGGCGACUUGAGCUGGAACGAGGGUGAGGGCCUCCUGGGGGGGCUGCCGAGGACAGGGCAUCUUUUGUGCCUUCUCCCUGAUGCCAGCACCCCCCCCACACACACUGCUACUGGCAACUCCAAGGCCCUUUGUCUCUCACUGCUUAGUCACCCCCCUUUGUCCUCUUCUCAGAUGGGGGUGGAAAGGGGCAGUAAGAGUCCUCGUGACAGCGCCUCUUGCCCCUUGCCCCUUCUGGUCUCCCAUCCUUUGUCUAACCCUCCACUUAGGACCAGGGUCAGGGCACCAGGCAGUCACAGGGGGUGCUGGACACAGGAAGCAGUGGGCACUGGAGCAGGUACUAGUGGACCUGAGCAGGAAGGGCGGGGGGAAAGGAAGUGUCCUGGUGGAUAUGAUGUGGGGUGCAGGAGGUGACAAGGCAGAAAGCGAAUAGACAAAUGGGGCAGGGGCAGGUGGUCGGUCUCCGGGAAAGGAAGGGGACUGCUGACCAGCACUCCCCUUCCUGGGGAUAUCCUGAGGGAGUGGCCUGUAGCCUGGGGGGAACAGACAUUGCCCCUACUUCUGAACCCUUUACUUCCUUGCUUGCGAGACUAUCCCCAAGACCUCUUUGCUGAGUCCUCCUCCAGUCCAGAACUGACGGAGUCAUUUUGCUUCCUUUUCCCAACACCACCUCUUCCUCCCUGGGGCUCUCUCCCAUCUCAGGCACCGGUUCCUGUUUCUGUUGCUGCCUAAUUUCCCUGUAUUCACAAUGCUGCCUCCAUCCUCUCCCUGUCUAAGGGAAAUGAGAACUAGAGGAUGACUAGAUAUUCCCAGAACGAUGGGUUCUCAGGGCAAGGUGGAGCCAGACUUGGGAGCUAAGUGGGGAUUCCUCAGAGGCCCGGCACUGGGUUGUGUCUGGGUUCCUGUGCUGGGUGGGCUGGUGGGAGGCUGGAGGAGGGCUCUGGUUAGGAGCCGGGUAGGAGAAGGGCCAAGAGCCCUGGGGGGAAGCUACUGGGCGCUGGGCCAAGGAAAAUGGGGAGUCAGGAAGUGGGGAGGGGGAGCCCUGAGGGGAAUGGAGGCGGAAUGGCUGUCCCAGGCUUUGGAGGGGCAGAUAGUGGUUACUCAGUAAGGGAGAGCCUGAGUGAGAGAAGUUAGAAGUGGUACCACCCUGGACCCUCCUCCUGGGAAGGGAAGUCGUUACCCCUCCUGCCUGGCAUGGCCUCUGCCCGUUCCCAGGUGUGCCCGUUUGAAGCUGACAUGCCCUACCUUUGGGCAGUUUACUCCCUGAUCUCUGCCUCCUGCUGGCCUGUCUCACACCCUCCUGCACUCUUUCCUGCUGCUGGGUCUCUGGUCCUGACAAUGCUGAGCUAGCUCCUUUCUUUGUUCACCCUCUUGAGGCUUCUACCCUCUCUCCUCAGCUCUGGAAAUCAGCCCCUAGGGGCAGAGGGCAGCCUGAGGGAGCCCCAAGAAAAGGGAGGCCAUACCAGAAUUCUCCUGGGACCUUGGUCCUUUCUGUGCAUGUAGGCCAGGCCCUUUCCCGGACUUCCUACCCUCCUGGGGCUCUGUCUACCAAAUAGGGAGACAGCUGAGAGCUGGCUGUGGGGUUUGGGCAAAUGCCCUGUCAUCAGCUGGCCCAGCGCCUAUGACCCUCCAUUCGGCUGCUACAGGCCCCCCUCCCUGGGGCAAGUCCCAUUUUUCUCAACGGAAGACAAAAGCGAGGUUUUUGGGAAGGAAUGAGACACCCAUCUGAGUCCUACCAACAGAGCUGCUGGCUGAAUGGCUUCCAGCUCAGCCAAUCACAGCGCCCUCAGGAUGCUUAAAGAGCUGGGCGGGGAGUGUGGGAAGAACCCACAGGGAGACCCGCAGACACAUGGACGGGGAGAGAGAACAGGAAAGAGACAGAGACAAAGGCACAGAGGCGAAGCCAGGGUCUGAGGGCGUACAGAAGGGGAGGCCAGAGAAGCUGCAGAGGACGAGGGUUAAGGAGGAGCCAGGCCACUAGGCACCUCUCCCAAGCCAAGGGCUAAGUCUUCCCUGCCUUCUCUGAAGGUCCCCAGGGGCCCUCUACCAAACCCUGCCCCUGACCCCGGCACUAGGCCCAGCCCCAGGCUGCAGAGGAGCUUUGCAAAGCCAGAGCGUGAAGACUGGGUGGCCGGACAGCCUCAGGCCCUCCCAGCACAGCCAGCUGUGCCAUGUCCCUGACAGACGUGCGCCCCGGGAGGCGCUUGGCCGACUGCUGGCUGUGGGGAAGCCGCUCCCGUCCACAGCUCCCCACACUGCCCGGUCUCGGGCUGGUGCUGCUGCUUCUGCUGGUCUCCCUCCUGCCCUCAGCAGCCGGCCCCCUCCCCCGGGAAGAGGAAGAGAUCGUGUUUCCAGAGAAGCUCAACGGCAGCGUCCCGCCUGGCUUGGGCAUCCCUGCCAGGCUGUUGUGCCGCUUGUCUGCCUUUGGGGACACGCUGCUGCUAGAGCUGGAGCAAGACCCGGGUGUGCGGGUCGAUGGGCUGACGGUGCAGUACCUGGGCCGGGCACCCGAGGGGCUGGGCGGGGCCGAGGCCGGCACCUACCUCACCGGCACCGUCAACGCAGACCCGGAGUCGGUGGCAUCUCUACACUGGGACGGAGGGGCCCUGUUAGGGGUGCUGCAGUAUCGGGGGACCGAACUCCACAUCCAGCCCCUGGAGGCGGGCACCCUGAACUCUGCCGAGGGCCCUGGGGCUCACAUCCUACGCCGGAAGCAUCCUGUCAGCGGCCAGGGCCCCAUGUGCAACGUCAAGGCUCCUCCUGGGGACCCCAGCCCCCGCCCCCGCAGAGCCAAGCGCUUUGCUUCCCUGAGUAGAUUCGUGGAGACCCUGGUGGUGGCCGAUGACAAGAUGGCUGCAUUUCACGGUGCAGGGCUAAAGCGCUACGUGCUGACAGUUAUGGCAGCUGCCGCCAAGGCCUUCAAGCACCCAAGCAUCCACAACCCUGUCAACUUGGUGGUGACUCGGCUGGUCAUUCUGGCGCCCGGCGAGGAAGGACCCCAAGUGGUGCCGAGUGCUGCCCAGACCCUGCGCAGCUUCUGUGCCUGGCAACAAGGACUCAACAGCCCGGAGGACUCUGACCCUGACCACUUUGACACAGCCGUUCUAUUUACCCGCCAGGACCUGUGUGGGUCUCCACCUGUGACAGAAACCCUGGGCAUGGCUGACGUGGGCACCGUCUGUGAACCAGCUCGGAGCUGUGCUGUCGUGGAGGAUGACGGGCUCCAGUCGGCCUUCACCGCUGCGCAUGAGCUGGGCCAUGUCCUUAACAUGCUCCAUGACAACUCAAAGCCAUGUGUGGGUCUGAACGGGCCUGGGAGCGCCUCCCGCCAUGUCAUGGCUCCUGUGAUGGCUCACGUGGACCCAGAGGAGCCCUGGUCCCCCUGCAGUGCCCGCUUCAAUCACUGACUUCCUGGACACGGCUAUGGACACUGUCUCUUAGACAAGCCAGAGGCCCCCCUGCAUCUGCCUGUGACUUUCCCUGGCAAAGACUAUGACGCUGACCGCCAGUGCCAGCUGACCUUUCGGGCCGACUCACACCACUGUCCUCAGCUGCCACCGCCAUGUGCUGCCCUCUGGUGCUCCGGCCAUCUCAAUGGUCACGCCAUGUCGACCAAGCACUCACCCUGGGCCGACGGCACCCCCUGUGGGCCCUCACAGGCCUGCAUGGGGGGCCGCUGCCUCCACAUGGACCAGCUGCAGGACUUCAAGGUCCCACAGGCUGGUGGCUGUCCCUGGGGGCCGUGGGGUGCCUGCUCUCGGAGCUGUGGGGGCGGUGUCCACUUCUCCUCCCGGGACUGCACUCGGCCCACCCCCCGGAAUGGCGGCAAGUACUGUGAGGGCCGCCGUACCCGCUUCGCUCUUGCAACAGCCAGGGACUGCCCCACUGGCUCAGCCUUGACCUUCCGUGAGGAGCAGUGUGCUGCCUACAACCAUCGCACUGACCUCUUCAAGAGCUUCCCAGGGCCUAUGGACUGGGUCCCUCGCUACACGGGUGUGGCCACCCGAGACCAGGCAAACUCACCUGCCAGGGCCCGGGCACUGGGUUACUACUACGUGCUGGAGCCACGGGUGGUAGAUGGGACCCCCUGCUCCCCGGACAGCUCCUCGGUCUGUGUCCAGGGACGCUGCAUCCAUGCUGGCUGUGACCGCGUCAUUGGCUCCAAAAAGAAGUUUGACAAGUGGAUGGUGUGUGGUGGGGAUGGUUCUAGCUGCAGCAAGCAGUCUGGCUCCUUCAGAAAAUUCAGGCAAGGAUACAACAAUGUGCUCACCAUCCCGGCGGGCGCCACCCACAUCCUGGUCCGGCAGCAGGCGGCCCCUGGGCCCCGCAGCCUCUAUCUGGCCCUGAAGCUCCUGGAUGGCUCAUACGCCCUCAACGGCGAAUACACGCUGGUGCCCUCCCCCGCCGAUGUGCUGCUGCCCGGGGCUGUCAGCCUGCGCUACAGCGGGGCCACUGCAUCCUCCGAGACGCUGGCGGGCCACGGGCCGCUGGCCCAGCCCCUGACGCUGCAGGUGCUGGUGGCCGGCCACACCCAGGGCGCACGCCUCCGAUACAGUUUCUUCGUGCCCCGGCCCACCCCCUCGCCCGUGCAGCCCUCUCCCCGGGACUGGCUGCACCGCAAGGCGCAGAUUCUAGAGGUCCUCCGGCGGCGCCCCUGGGCGGGCAGGAAAUAA